AUGUCACUCGACCAACACGAAAUCAAACUCCACAAUGAUGGCAGAGAAUUUACCACAUUAAGUAAUUUUCCUUUAUCAACAAUUGAUGCACAAGACUUUGACCGCGUCAUUAUUCUUCUUCAUGGAUUCCCUGACGUCAAUACCACUUUUAACAAAGUAUGGCCAUUGUUGCUUUCCCAUUUUAAAGAGAAAGUUUUACUCAUUGCUCCUAAGUUGAGAGGGUACGAGAAGUCAAGUAUCGGACCUGAACAGGAGUAUAUGUUGCCUUAUCUUGCCGGUGAUGUCAAAGGUUGGAUCUAUGAAGUUAAUCCUAAAUUGGACAAGCCAGUACAUUUAGUAGGCCACGACUGGGGAGCUAUUAUAGCAUUCAAGACGGCAAAUUUGUAUCCUGAAUUGAUUACGUCUAUGGUUACUUUAGCAAUUCCUUACUUGGCAAACGUAAGAGGGUACGAGUUGUUGUGGCACGCACCUGAGCAAAUGUACUUGUCAACAUACUUUUUCACUAUGCAGUAUCCUUGGCUAUACAAGGCAAAAUUGACAGAGUCAAAUGAUUACUUGACAUACCUUUGGAAGUACUGGUCGCCCGGUUACAAUGUGUCGCAAGACGAGAUUAGUGAAGUUAGAGAUGCAUUCAAGAGAGAUGGCGUAGUAGAUGCUGUCACAGCCUACUACCGCCACUUGUUCCGUCCGUUAUCAUUUUGGAAAUCGAGAUGGCCUGUUGAUUUUGUAAAAGUUCCCACCUUGAUCUUAAAUGGAGAAAAUGACGGCUGUAUGUCUGCCAGAAUAGCGCAAUUGGAACAAAAGAAAUUAAAGAGUUUGUAUCCAAAGGCCCAAGUUAAGGUAGUUCCUCAAGUAGGCCAUUUCUUACAAAGAGAGGCUCCAGAUGUAGUUGCUGGUUUAAUUGCUGAUUUCUUAGAGUCUAUUUAA